UCAGGAAGGCCAUCACAAUCCCAAGCGCACUUCUUACGGUCAUAGCCUAGUUGUCGAUCCCUGGGGGCAAAUACUGGCAGAGAAACAGGAUGCAGGACCUGGUUUAUUACUGUGUGACAUUGGGUUGACACCGUCGCCUGAAUGUGACGCCGAAUCACCACUUUACAUGGCGCGAAAGUCUGUUCCUGUCGAAUUCCAUCGGCGUUCCGACUUAUUCGCACUCCCAGAAUUCGGUUUGGCCAAAAACAUUGGCUCCAGCGAAUUCACAUUCGGACCGCACACGAUUCCUGCCAGCUGCGUGUUCUACCGGUCCGCAUUGAGCUUUGCUUUCGUCAACCUUAGUCCUCUCGUUCCUGGUCAUGUUUUGGUCAGUCCCAUCGGCUCUUAUGCACGCUUUGGCGAUUUAACCCGUGGACAUGUUAUGGAUCUGUACCUCACAGUCAAAGCAAUUGCGCCCCCAUUGAUGUCACACUUUUCUGCUACGGGUCUCACCGUAUCAUUUCAAGAUGGCGUGGAUGCUGGCCAAAGCGUCCCUCACGUCCAUGUUCAUGUCUUGCCUAGAAAACCCGGUGAUUUCGCUCGCAAUGAUGAUAUCUACCAAGCGUUACAACAGCAUGACAAAGUACCCGAUCGGGUUUGUCGUUCACUGGAAGCGAUGGCAUCGGAAGCCGCAGAAUUUCGUUCACUUUAUUACCACGGUUGACAUCACCAUCCCCUAUUCCCACGAAUUGUACACAUCUGCAACCCUUCUUGCCGAUCUCUUGUUUCUUCUUUUAUUGACCUAAGUACGCAUACCGCCACAUCUGGCAUUUGUUUCUCAACCCGAUUGGCUCAUCCGCGAACUAUUUCAGUUCACAUUUUCCUUAUCCCAGUCUCUUUUAACGGGUUUUACUUUUCUGUCCUUUCCACCGUUACUCAAAUGCACACCGGUGCCCCACUCACCUGGUGUCACCUCUCCGGUUCAUUUGUUUGAACAUUGCAGUCGUACUCUCACGGACAGUUUUACUUUUAGUACCGAUUGUUAAGUCGUACAAGUACUGGACGUCAUUUUGAUCCAUUACCAAACUUAUCAUCAUGCAGAUACGUGUCGGUAUUUCGCACGUGUCUUAGACCAAGUUUUUCUUACCUUGUCAUCA